GAAGCUGAAGAAGCUGGUGAGGAAGCUGAAGGACAAGGGCGUUCCUGAGAAGGAGAGGGAGGAGCGCAUCGCUCGGCCUCCACAGCAGUGGAACCUGGACUAUGUCCUGGAGCCCUUCGAGGGCCUCACCCCGGAGUACAUGGAGAUGAUAAUCCAGUUUGGGUUCGUGUCUCUGUUCGUGGCCUCCUUCCCCCUGGCUCCCCUGUUCGCCUUGCUCAACAACGUCAUCGAGAUCCGCCUGGACGCCAAGAAGUUUGUCACGGAGCUGCGGCGGCCGGACGCCGUGCGCACCAAAGACAUCGGAGUCUGGUACAACAUUCUGAGUGGCAUGGGCAAAUUCUCAGUCAUUAUAAAUGCAUUUGUGAUCUCGUUCACCUCGGACCUCAUCCCCAGACUGGUGUACCAGUACAUGUACAGCCCCAAUGGCUCCAUGUACGGCUUCAUCGACCACACGCUGUCCUACUUCAACGUCAGCAACUUCCGCCCGGGCACCAUGCCCCUUUCCUCCAGCUACCCCCGCGACGUCAUGCUCUGCAGGUACAAGGACUACAGGGAGCCCCCUUGGUCUCCAGACGCCUACCACUUCUCCAAACAGUACUGGUGUGUCCUGGCUGCCAGACUGGCCUUCGUCAUCAUCUUCCAGAACCUGGUGAUGUUCCUGAGCAUGCUGGUGGCCUGGGUGAUCCCCGACGUGCCCAAGGACAUCAGCGAGCAGCUGAAGCGCGAGAAGACCCUCCUGGUGGACGUGUUCCUGCGCGAGGAGAAGGAGAAGUUCCUGCUCCUGCAGAGCCUCUUCACCAAGGACCCGCUGCGCCCCCGCCCGCCCGGCUGCCCCCAGGGCCCCCCGGACCCUCUGCGCUGCCGCACCCUGCCCCCCGUCUUCGCCCGGGGUCGGCCCCCGGGCGCGGCCGAGGGGGACGGGGUUCCGCGGGCGCGGGGCCGGGCGGCUAGCUUCAGCCAGUUCAGCAGGCAGCCAUCCCCUCAGGGGGAGGGGCCGAACGGCAGCAAACACACGGCCGUGUGACGCGCCGCCGAGUCAGGACACGUGCUGUGGCGUGUGCGAGUGUGUGUGUGUGUGAGCCGCGUACAUGGAUGGGAGGCUGUCGAGUGCGUGCGUGUGUAUACGGCUGGGUGCGCUUCGCGAUCAAACGGCAAACGUUGUAGCUCAGUCGGACCAAGUGUGGACGGCCCCUCGACGUCGGCGGAUGACUCUUCUCUGGGACCGUCUUUUGGCAAAUCAAGACCUAGUUUCCUGUGUUUCUCAUCCUGUGUCUGACUGCACACGUAACUGAGCUUCAACAAGUGGAUUUAAGUCACUCCAUCUGUGCGAUUGCAUUGAUUUGUUUUUGGGACUGACUUUGAAGCACGCAAGCUUCACUCCAUGCAGAAGCAAUAAUUCCUCUGGAAUAGACCAGAUAGAGACAGACGGCCGGCCGGGCGGAUGGACAUACCCCUUCAACUGUACACUGUGAACUGAAUAGAGAGGACCAGGGGGGGGACGGGGUGUUUCUGACACUUUUUAGGACUGGUCUUUUUAGGACUCAUUUUCCCAUCAGCCCCUCUGUGGAUCGAACCGUGUGGCAUCCCGGUCCAUCCCAGCACACCUUGCUAUACCGUCUGUCCAUGUCCCGACACAGCCGCACCAAACUUUUUAACUAGCAUUCAUUCUCUCAGGUAACUCCAUCAUGUUAGUCCUCUCAUUCUGAAUGUUCCAGAACAUUGGGCAAAUUAGAGCGAAUGACUCACACACAUGAAUAAACAAAUCUAUACUCAAUCAGUGUGUAAAGUAGAGGCUAAGCAAUAUUGUAAAAUGGAAAUGUACCGUGCAAAAAUGGAAUACAUAAAAUCA